UGAGUCUUGACACAAUGAUGAAGUAUUGCAAUGCUGUGGUGUCUAUUGUUACUCUAUCACUAUCAGUUUUACACUGUGGUCAUACCUCAAAAGCAAUUUUUAAAACUGCAACAGAAGACAUAAAUGGCACAGCAAGUUGUCAUGAAAACUACAUGGCCAUUCACAUUGCAAAAGAACCAUUUCAACGUUUGAAAUUCACAAUUUAUGUCAAAGAUGAGCAAGGCAGGCACUUCAAAGCAACAGAUAUUGCUUUCCCUUGCCACUACUUCAUUGAUGAAACAAGCAGCUUCCUUCUAUUAGCUGUACCUUAUUACGGCUGCCUGGUCAAAAAACAAGGCAGUAUUGCAAGUAUGACGGUUGUCAUCAAAGCUUUGGCAAAAGGGGGACAGGUAGAGAUCAACAAGACAGUGCCUCUUAUCUGCACCCUGACAACUGUUACCAUUAAAGAAAAUAUCAACACAGUCGGAAAUGCACCUCUUAGACCUUAUCCAAAACAUUGCGACAAGGAUGGCUUUGUCAUUACCAUCAACCAGAAUGCCACUGUCCCACCUCUGAACCUGGACACAGUGCACAUUCUGUCUCACCAAAGUCCCAGUUGCAAGCCCCAAACCAAGACUUCUGACUCUGUCACCUUCCGUUUCCCAUUCAGUUCCUGUGGCACUCAAUUCUUGAUGGAUCACGAAAAAAUUAUUUAUUGGGUGAAAGUAGAAGCACAGCGACUUUUGAUGCAUAAACAAGAAUCUACAUUUCGCAAUGCACCUUUCAGAUUGACAGUGCGUUGCAGCUAUGCCUUGACUAGAGUGUCCCAAAUUGGGAUGGAGGUCUACAGGGAGAGGUCCGAACAAUCCUCAGCACUGAAAAGUGAAGGAAUUCUUCGGGCUGAAAUGAGGUUUGCUAAAGGUGUUUAGUUUUACAUGAAGAUCUGUCAAUUAACAUGGUGUGAGUUCAGAAUAUAUAUGACAGCCCUAUACAUCCCAUUUUGUACAGUCCAGAAGUUAUAAACUUGUAUCAGUAGAUCAUCAUGCGCUGUCUUUAGACUCCUCCUACAGUUCCUU